AUGAUUUUAAUUUUAUAUUCGAAGGGCCUUAUUUCGGACGAGGAUGAAGAACACCUUUUAAGUCCUGCAGAACAGCGAGCACUUAAAGCAGAGAAACGUGCUGCUUGGCGACAAGCGCGUCUUAAAUCUCUCGAGCAGGAUGCACUCCAAGCACAGAUGGUUAUCAGAAAGAUGAGUGAAAUAAUGGAUACUGCUAAUAAAGAAGAAGAUACGCAUGAUAUGACUGUUGCAACUGGAUCUAUUCCUGAUCAAGAGAAAGCAGUCGAGUUUACUACAUUACGGCCGUCUAGCGCAGAUUUUCCUAAGCUCGCUGUGCGCAGUAAAGUGGGUCCUCCUAAAGAGAUACGCGAAUCUGAGAAAAUAGUGGACGAGAAGGUCACUCGGCGUACCGAGGAAUAUCUUGACGAAGUGACGGGCGAACGUCGUGUACGAACUGUCGAAUACGUCGAGAAGCUCAUUGAGCGUCAGGUGGAAACUUUGAGGGAGAAGAUUAUAUCAUUGGAAUUAAGUAAUGCAGAAGAGGAUGUGGAAAGCAUAACCGGCACUGGUGCAAGCGAUGCUGAAAGUGAAAGUGAAGAUACCACGGGACAAAAUAUGACCGUUAGUACCGUAAAAGAAAAAACAGAUUCUCAUCUUACGAUUGACACAUCUGAAAUUGCAAAUGAAAUGUCUAAAACAAAUGCAAAUAUUACUGCUGCAUCUGCAAAAAAGAAAAAACGUAAACGAUCAAAAAAAGGUCGUCACUGACAAAAUAUUUCAAUGCGUAUCUUAACAAGCGAUAGGGUAGGUACGUUAAUAUUAAAGACUUGGAUAAAAUUGAUGAAAUUUUUAUUAUUCCAAUAUUUUACUACUGCACAAAUUCAAUGUGUAACAUCGUUUUAUGUG